AUGAACGCGUGUUUGCAGGGCGGAGGCGCCGACGCGGCGGUGUAUGUGAAUACGGGCGUGGAGAUGGAUGGGAGCGAUGCGGGGGCUAGGCCGGAGGAGGCGGUUAGUUGGGGGAAGUUGAAGGUUGGGGGGUUGAGUGUCAAAGUAUGGGCAGAUGCCACGAUCGUCUGGCCACUGAUUGUGGCUGCAACCUGGGCAAGAGUUCCAGAGAAAGGCGAGGAGAAGCGGGAAAUACAAAGGGAUGGUGCAGGCGAGAAGGAGGCUACGCAUGAAUGA